UACCUCUCUGUUUUCAAUCUCUUUUCCCCCUCCCAGCUUCAUUUGAAAGCUUCUCUUACGUUUUUGAUUGUGAAUGAAACUCAGCUUAAGAUCUGAGAAUUGGAGGAAGAAGAAAAAGAAGCACAAGAGAAAGAAAGACCAUUCAGUUCCAUCUCUCAAACACCCAACAUUGUUUCUUCUUGCAUUCUUGUAAGCAUUUCUAUCCAUUUCGUUUUCUGUUUAACACUUUCUUCUUUUGAUCUAUUUGAUUCGAGUAUCUCGAACUCAAAUCAAAGUUCUUUGUUUGACUUCUAAAAAGUUCAAAUUUCUCUUUUCUUCCAAGUCAAUCUGAAUUCUGAACCUUGCAGUCCAAGGAUUCUACUGGUUGGUUUAUUUGGUAUCGUCCAAGCUUCGUUUCUUCCAUCGUUUUUACGUUAUCAGAUCUUUGAAGAGAACCCAAAAACUACAUUUUUCGAUUGGAGUGAUUUCGAAUUAGUUGGUGAUGUUUUCGUGUUUGCACUCCAGUUUUUGGGUUUUAGUCCAAACUCAAAACUUCCGUUAAUUCCUGAAGAAAACUUGGACUUAGGCUUAAAUGUUAUUCUUUCCACGGAAAAGGCGGCUUUGGUGCUGUUACCGAAGCUUCUUGUUUCUCUUUGGUUUUCUUAUUCUUCUCUCCCGAGCUUCUCUGUCGUUUCGUAAGAUUGGGGCUGUGUAUUGGAAAUUGGAACCAUAAGAAACGAGCAUUUUCUGAAUCUAACCUGAUCUGAUUCGAGCAACUAUGAGGAAAAAUGUUAAUCCUCAUUCAGUAAGGGUGUUCAGUGAUAGAAGGUGGAAACUUCCAUUUUUUGCGAGCUUGCUCGUUUCCUUUACUCUGUUUUUAGCUGCUGUGUUUGGAAUUUUCUCGUCUCCCUAUGCUGCAGAUCCAGUCUCUUUUGAUUUCAUUUCACUUGCUCGAAUGGAGGAUUCCGGCGAUUAUUUUGUGGAAUCAGAUUUAACGAGCUCUUUGAACCCAUCUUUUGAUUCGAAAGUAGAAGCACCAAGGAUAGCUUAUUUGAUUUCUGGGACAAAGGGUGAUGCUCAGAGGAUGAGGAGAACGUUGCUGGCUGUGUAUCAUCCUAGGAAUCAAUAUAUUUUGCACUUGGAUCUUGAGGCUCCUCCCCGCGAAAGGAUAGAUCUGGCAACUUCGAUUAAGAGUGACCCAACGUUUCGCCUGGCGGAGAAUGUGAGGGUAAUGGCUAAAUCCAACUUGGUGACCUACAAGGGCCCUACAAUGAUCGCAUCUACCCUCCAAGCAGUAGCAAUUCUGUUGAAGGAAAGCGCAGACUGGGACUGGUUUAUAAACCUCAGUGCUUCGGAUUAUCCUCUGGUCACGCAGGAUGAUCUGCUUCAUGUUUUCUCUAAUUUGUCUAGGAAUCUCAACUUCAUAGAACAUACAGAGAUAGUUGGGUGGAAACUGCACAACAGAGUAAGACCAAUCAUCGUUGAUCCGGGUCUUUACUUAUCAAAGAAGUUCGAUGUUUUUUGGACUAGCCAGCGUCGGUCACCUCCAACAUCAUUUAAGUUAUUUACAGGUUCAGCAUGGGUUAUGCUUACACGUUCAUUUCUUGAGUUCUGCAUUUGGGGAUGGGACAACUUUCCCCGGACUGUCCUAAUGUAUUUCACGAAUUUCAUCUCCUCCCCCGAAAGCUACUUCCACACUGUAAUAUGCAACACUGAACAAUUUUGGAACACUGCUGUGAAUCAUGACCUUCACUACAUUGCUUGGGACAAUCCUCCGAAGCAACAUCCUCGCUAUUUAACUGCGAAGGAUUUCAACAACAUGGUGAAAAGUGGGGCUGUAUUUGCUAGGAAAUUUGCAAAGGAUGACCCAGUCUUGGACAAGAUUGAUCGGGAACUUCUAGGUCGGCCUGAGGGCCAGUUUGCUCGUGGCGGAUGGUGCAUUGGGAGCUCUGAUGGUGGAGCUGAUCCUUGCUGCCUAAGAGGCAAUGAUUCAGUUUUUAGGCCUGGUCCAGGUGCUGAGAGGUUGCAAGGGCUGUUGCAAAAGUUGUUGGCAGAUGAUCUUUACAAAAAAGGGUGUUCACUGAAGGUAGAACCAACAAACCUAACUGUACAUUAGAGCAUAAAUAUACUGUAAAGGAUUUUGAUGUAAAAUAUCAGAAUGGAACACCAAAGUUGUAUAUGAUUUUUCUGUUUA